GCACGAAUUAUCAAUAAUAAUAGUCCAUAGGAAAUUUUACUAAAAAUUUUGCGACGAUUUGUUUAUUAUUAACGAAGUUACUAUAAUUUCAACAAAUUGGAAAUUUUGAGUUUGGAUAUAGUUAGAGUAGGCUUAAUUAACAAAUUAAGAACAAAAAUAACAAUUUUUACAUUGUAAGUUUGUUUACAAUAAGCUUAUAAACAAUGAUUUGCAACUUUCGUUUUUGAACACAUUUUGAACCCCUAUAGCGCGGUAAAGUACUAAAAAUCAAAAAUUUUUUAAUAGUUUACGAGUUGUAAACAAUUGUUGUUAAAUUGUUAAUUAUGCAUAAUAUUGACCAAUACAAUAAUUAUCGAUAUUGAUAGAGACAAUAGGUAAUAAUAAAAUAUACUAGAUUUAAUAUUCAUCAAGUUAAAUUUACAACUGUACGCACCUGCACGUGACUAGUAUAAGCACACAUAUAUAUACAUACACAGGAAAAUAAAUACAUAUAAAACAAGGGUCGAUAAACCAGGACGUGCUGCCAUCUCAAGAUUUGAGAAAUAAAAAGAAAAGUUCAGCACUAUGAUACUGGCAAACCAUCGCGAGGUCACAUCGAUAGUGCAUCGAACUUCAAAAUGCAGCGCUCAGCAAAAAUGAUAGACUCAGCAGAAAUGCACUCGCGGUUCAUCGCGUAUGCCACGAGGAACAGUGUGAAAUUGUACACAGCCACGACAAGUGUUAGAAAAAUGGAAGCAGUCCAAGUCGCAGAAAAAGUGUUACUUGGAGCCCUUGAACAGCUAAAAAGGGCUCAAUUAUUUGUGGAAAGAGCAGAAGAACGAUAUUGGAAGGAGUGGGCGCAUUCUAAAUUAAACCAUAUAAGUGUGUUAAGUGAAAGUGAAAUAGUAAAAGGACGAGUGUUGCAAGACGGAUUAGCGAGACCGCCGAGUCCGCGCGCACAUGCACCAUCGGAUGCGCGCGCGGAGGGGGACGAGUCGCGGGAGAGCGACAGUCCGCCGAAUCCGCCGAGCCAUCCGAGUCCGCGCGCACACACAACAGCGGAGGAGCGCGCGGAGGGGGACAGUCCGCCGAGUCCGCCGAGUCCGCCGAGCCUGCCGAGUCCGCUGAGUCCGCCGAGCCUGCCGAGUCCGCGCGUAUAUGCACCAUCCGACGAGCGCGCGGAAGGGGACGAGUCGCGAGAGACGGCGAGUCCGUUAAGCCCGCCGAGUCCGCGCGUACAAGUGCGACCAUUAGACGUCACGGAGUGGGACAAUAACGCAAGUCCGCGCGCACGCACACUUACUGCUGUGAGCGCGGAAGGAAACGAUUCGCGAGAAACCGUGAAUCAGCUGUGUCCCCCAAGCUUGACCAUUAAUUCAGAACAGCCAGCAAAGAAGAGAAACAAACAUAGUGUGCUACAAUAUCAGACCCGGGAAGAAGAGCCUAAAUUAAAGAAGGCAAAAAUUGAAAACCGCUACAUAUUAGUCCCCAAUCAGCAACGGUUAUUCAUAUCAACCGACGUUUUAAUUUACUGGAUAACCUGGUUCUGGAAAAGUCCAGCGAAUAGGGGAAUUGAGGAAGGACAACCGAAAACAAAAAUUAAUAAAACAAAAUCGCAAAAGAAAGAUAAGAAAGGAAAAGCUAAGAAAACGCAUAAUAAUACUGAAACAGAAGAAGAAAAAGAAAGAAAAAGAGAGAAAGAUAGAAUAAGGAAGCGAGAGCAGAGAAGAAAACUAAAGGAAGAAGCCCAAAACUCCAGACCAAGAGUCCCUCUACAAAGACUAAAAAUUACUACUAAACAUCCAUCAUCUCCGCAGCCACCACUAUUCACAAGCUGUACGGGUUGCAGAGAGGACUGCUGGUACCAGGGAAUUGAACAUCACACCACAAACUGGAUACUCUGCGUUGUUUGUCGUACUAACUGGGCGAACGGUGAGUGCGUUCAUAGAAUUCCGUAUGAGUGUAGGAUUUGUAAGUUAAAAAGAAGAUCUUAAUAAUUCAUAUAUAGAAAACUUUUGUCAUAAAGCCAUAUCUUAGAUCUAUUACACUACAUGUAGACUUUAUUUUCGUAAGUUAUAUUCAUUCUCUACUAGCGAAACAUAGUUUUAAAAUUAUUGUAUAAAAUAAAUUGUACUCACCAAAUUGUCCGGAAUGAUAAACAUGGGACACUUUUUUUUAUUUUUUUGCGCCGGCUCCAUUGCCGUGGGCGGCAAUAUUCUGGGGGGGGAGGUGUAAUGUCCCACGUUUAUAUACCUAUAGUACGAAUGCGUAUAACGCCUAAUAGACGGCAUCCACAUACACACAAACCAACGAGAGCUGUACCGAUUGCGACAAUACACUACCGAGCGCAGAAAAUCGGAGCGAGUGCUCUGACCUUCGCGUCAGCACUCCUCGCGCGCGAAACACGAUUGCAAGACAUACGCGACGAUCCUGUGUGGCCGGUGCUGAUUGGGCGACCGCGAUCUUCUUCAUCUAAAUUACAAAACUGCUUGCAUCGACACCGAGGCUUUAAAAACCCUGGAGCCGAUCCACGCAGCACCUUUUUGCGUAGUUACUUGCUCACUAUCGGUUGUAGUUGAUUCUAAGGAGAAGCGGCGGUGUUUGAUUGUGUUAGUGCUUGGAGCGUGCUAAAUCCGUCCAACACCUUGGGAGCGUGCUAAAUCCGUCCCUCGGCAUAACAAUCACCGGAAAGCCCUUUGAAUCCAGACUCACACCGUAGAGAGAAGUACAAGCUAAGGUCCGUCGAGUGGAAUCUCCGGCGUUAGCAGUGCAGUUGAUCAACAUAUUUUAUUGCCACGAGUAAUCGUGUAGAGUAACUCAAUCAGUAUUGGCCACGUACGGAUCGUAGAAAAAUCCUGCGUACCUACUAAGAUUAUAAUUGUAAGUCUUUACACUACAUAUUUUAAAUACGAUACUAUCAACGAAACUAUUAGAUAAAUGUCGAACAUCAAACGUCUGUGAAGUGCUCUGGGUCAAUUAAAAAUAAAUCAAUAACAAAUAAUACAAAAUACAAA